GAAUAUGACUAUUACUUCAAACGUGACUAUUUCUCCUCAUAGUUUAUUUAACUCCCUACGUCUUCCUCAGUUCUCGCCCCUUUCUUGCUUCUUCUUCCUUCACAUUUCUCAUUCACACUUUUUCUUUGUUUCUCUGUUUCUCUCUCUCUUCACCAUGGUUCUCUCCAACACCUUUUCAAAGUCCGAUGAGUCCAUUCACUCAACCUUCGCUUCUCGCUAUGUUAGGACUGCCCUUCCCAGAUUCAAAAUGCCGGAGAACUCGAUCCCUAAGGAGGCAGCAUUUCAGAUCAUUAACGAUGAGCUGAUGUUGGAUGGGAAUCCAAGGCUAAACCUAGCCUCAUUCGUGACCACGUGGAUGGAGCCCGAAUGUGAUAAGCUCAUCAUGGCUUCCGUUAACAAGAAUUACGUCGACAUGGAUGAGUAUCCUGUCACUACUGAGCUCCAGAAUCGGUGUGUUAACAUGAUAGCGCAUCUCUUCAAUGCACCACUGGGAGAAGCAGAGGCUGCAGUUGGAGUAGGAACGGUGGGGUCAUCUGAGGCCAUAAUGUUGGCUGGGUUAGCAUUCAAAAGGAAGUGGCAGAACAAGAUGAAAGCAGAGGGAAAACCUUAUGACAAGCCCAACAUUGUCACUGGGGCCAAUGUCCAGGUAUGUUGGGAGAAAUUUGCAAGAUACUUUGAAGUAGAGUUGAAGGAGGUGAAGCUGAGAGAAGAUUACCUUGUGAUGGACCCUGUGAAGGCAGUAGAGAUGGUAGAUGAAAACACCAUUUGUGUCGCUGCUAUCCUCGGUUCCACUCUCAACGGAGAGUUUGAAGAUGUAAAGCUCUUAAACGAUCUCUUGAUUGAAAAAAACAAGCAAACUGGAUGGGAUACUCCAAUCCAUGUGGAUGCUGCUAGUGGUGGAUUCAUUGCACCAUUUCUUUACCCAGAGCUUGAGUGGGAUUUCCGCUUACCAUUGGUGAAGAGCAUCAACGUUAGUGGCCAUAAGUAUGGGCUUGUCUAUGCCGGGAUCGGGUGGGUCGUUUGGAGGAGCAAAGACGAUUUGCCAGAAGAACUCAUCUUCCAUAUCAAUUAUCUUGGCACUGACCAACCCACCUUCACCCUCAACUUCUCCAAAGGUUCUAGUCAAGUUAUUGCUCAGUACUAUCAAUUAAUUCGCUUGGGUUUUGAGGGAUACAAGAAUGUUAUGGAAAAUUGCCGAGAAAACAUGCUGGUACUCAAAGCUGGAUUGGAGAAGACAGGCCGGUUUAACAUAGUCUCAAAAGACAAUGGGGUGCCAUUGGUGGCCUUUUCUUUAAAGAACACUAGCUGCCAUGACGAGUUUGAGGUGUCGGACUAUUUGCGACGCUUUGGCUGGAUUGUGCCUGCUUACACCAUGCCACCUGAUGCCCAAAAUGUGACGGUUCUUCGUGUUGUCAUAAGGGAAGACUUUUCGCGCACUCUUGCCGAACGCCUUGUGAUUGAUAUCCAGAAAGUUUUGCAUGAACUUGAUACCCUUCCUGCUAAGAUCACUGCCAAGAUAGCACUUAAUGGUGAAAAUGCUGACAAGAAUGUCACUGUGGUUACAAAGAAGAGUGCGAUAGAGACUCAGAGGGAGAUCACUACGGUUUGGAGGAAGUUUGUCAUGGAGAAGAAGAAGAUGAACGGUGUUUGUUAGAGCUUAAAGAAGAGCAUAUGUAUUGGAGCUGUGUGUGUGUGUAUGCUUGUUGAGUUAUUAAUUCUCUCUCUUAUCUAAUUAAGCAGAGAAUUAAUUGAGCAUCCUUUUUUAUUUUGUGAGACGGCUUUAUGUACUCGGUAAUGCUUAUUGAGCUUUCUCUAUUA